UACUAAGCUCUCUCCGGUUAUUAUCUUUAAAGGAAAGGUUUGGCCAAUUAAUACACCUUCACCUCUGGCUGGCAUGGUUGUUUGGUUCCAGGACAAAGAGUGGAUGGAUGAACCAGAAAUGGAAAAUAGUAAUGGCUUUACUAAGGGUGGAAACUUAAGACGUGCUGAUUUGAAUACAGUUUGUCAUUGGGUUUUGAAUGCCUGGAAUGACAUUUCUGAUGAUAUUAUUGUCCGAGCAUUUAAAAAAUGCGGUAUCUCCAAUUGCUUGUCAGGAAGUAAGGAUCAUUUAAUCUACGAUGAUUGUAAGAAUGAUAAAGAUGAUGAAUCUGAUAAAGACGCUGCAGGAUCUGAUGAAGAUGAAGAAUAUGAUGAACAGCCUGAUGAAGGUGAGGAGCCUGAUAAAGGUGAGGAGCCCGAUGAAGGUGAGGAGUCUGAUGAAGAUGAGAAUAU